AUGGCCGAGAGCGCGCUCUCGAAGCAGAACGACAAGGAGGUGCGGCCCCUCCUGGACCUCGUCGACGAGCUGCGGAGCCUCGGCAUCGAGCAGGACCUGCCGCUGCCGCAGAUCGCCGUCAUGGGCGACCAGUCGUCGGGCAAGUCGAGCGUGCUCGAGGCCCUGAGCGGCGUGCCCUUCCCGCGCGGCACGGGCCUCGUGACGCGCUGCCCCUGCCAGCUCACGAUGAAGCGGACGGCCGACGGCGCGCCGCGCGGCGGCCGCGUCCCGCGACGACCCGGAAACGAACGACCGUCGCGCGCCCCCUCGGAGCUCACGGCGGCGAUCGAGCGCGUGACGUCGGCGCUGACCAAGGGCUCGGCGAGCGGCUUCUCGACGGACAGCAUCGUCGUGACGGUCAACGCGCCGUCCGUGCCCGACCUGACGAUCAUCGACCUGCCGGGCAUCGUGCGCACGGCGACGCAGGGCCAGGACCCGCGCGUCAUCGCGGACGUGAACUCGAUGGUCGAGUUCUACCUCAAGCAGGAGCGGACCAUCGUGCUCGCCAUCGUGCCGUCGAACCAGGACGUGGCCACCGUCGACAUCCUCGAGCGCGCGCUCACGGUGGACCCGACGGGCGAGCGCACCAUCGGCGUGCUCACGAAGCCGGACCUCAUCGGCGAGGGCGCCGAGGACGAGGUCGUCGCGGUGCUGAAGAACGAGCGCAAGCCGCUCAAGCUCGGCUACAUCAUGGUCAAGAACCGGAGCGCCAUGCAGCUCAAGCAGGGCGCCAUCAACAGCCCCGCCGCGAACGAGCGCGCGGAGCGCGAGUUCUUCGUGCAGCACCCGGUCUGGAAGACCGUC